CACAUAAUGAAAAGACACAUUAUAUAAAUAGGACGGAAUUUCAGUUAUUUUGACAAACACUACCUUCCCUUCUUUUUUUUUCCACCGAUUUCAUAACAAAUUGAAAGUUGUUCAUAAUCUACAACACGGAAAUUGAAUGACCUUCUCAAGUCAACAAUGGUGGUCUCGGGUAAAUUGUCAGACACAACAAUGUAAACAACAUUCAACCACCUGCUUCUUACAUACCUGGCGAAUCAGCGUUGAAGAUAGAAGAAACUCGAAUACCAGUACCAGCAAAAUUGAAACUAGCAAGAUCGUUGAUUAAUUGAAAAAUUAUGGGAAUAAUGUUUUCAAGAUUGUGUGAUUGCGUUAAAAAGUGGAAAUCUCGCAAUGAUUCUGCGGCCGCCAUUAAUGAUGAAGGAGAAGCUUUUGACCUCUUUUUCGAGCUUCGUAUUAUUCAAAUCGCUACCAAUUUCUUCUCCGAUUUCAAUUUGUUAGGUCGUGGUGGUUUUGGCCCUGUUUACAAGGGAUUGAUGCCUAAUGGACAAGAGGUAGCGGUAAAGAAGUUGUCGGUAUAUUCUAGACAGGGUUUGACCGAAUUCACUAAUGAGGUGAAGCUACUUUUGAGAACUCAGCACAAGAACUUAGUGACGUUGUUAGGUUGCUGCAUAGAAGGAACUGAAAAAAUGCUUGUAUACGAGUAUCUUCCAAAUAAGAGCCUUGAUUAUUUUCUCUUUAAUAAAGAUGAGUCAGCAGUCCUUGAUUGGCCUACACGCUACCUAAUCAUUACAGGCAUCGCUAGAGGACUUCUUUACCUCCAUGAAGAGGCUCCUGAGAGGAUUAUACAUAGAGAUAUCAAAGCCAGUAAUAUAUUGCUCGAUGAUCAUUUUAAUCCUAAGAUAUCAGAUUUUGGUUUGGCUAGGCUGUUUCCUGGUGAAGGAACCCAUUUGGAUACACUCAAAAUUUCUGGUACAUACGGGUAUAUGGCUCCUGAGUAUGCAAUGCAUGGAUAUUUAUCUGUGAAAGCAGAUGUUUUCAGUUAUGGGAUACUGAUGCUAGAGCUUGUAAGUGGAAGAAAGAACUAUGUUGAUAACCUAGGUGCAGAGAAGGCAGACCUCCUGAGUUAUACUUGGGAGCUCUUUAAGGAAGGGAAGGCACUGGAAUUAGUUGAUCCUAUCCUUGAUAAGUGCAACCCUCAAGAAGCAUUUAUGUGCAUUCAGCUUGGUCUGUUGUGCUGCCAGGCAACUGUUGCAGACAGACCAACCAUGAACUCUGUUCAUCUAAUUCUAUGCAGUGAAUCAUUCAGUAUGGCUCGACCUGGAAAACCGGGAAUUCAUGGGCGCCGAUGGCUUGGCACGACUACCUCUUCUGCUCUAACGAAAACUAAUCCUACUAGUUCCAACUCCGGUCUUACCAAGACGACUUUAACUGGAAGCACUGCUCUUGAAGACGUCUCCCGAAAUUCUAUCUCGCUCUCGUCUGUAGAUGAAGGUAGAUGAGACCUAUUCAAGGACUGUUCUUGUUUUCUGAAAACUUUAGGCUGCUGCUGAUGUAUAAAUGUAAGCUGUGAAGCUUAAUGUAUAUUAUUUUUUUGGAAAAUUCCAUGUGGUAACCUUAGUUUUUAGGUUUUUCCACAAAUGUUUUUGAAUCUGCGUGGUGACCUUUAGCUUCCAACUUUUCCAUGUGGUAGACAAAAUGUUAAGUUUUGAUUAAAUUAAGUACUUAUUUUGACUGGAUUUCGAAAUAUGUGAUGAAUUAGGGUGAUUACAACGUUUGUUAUUUGAAAAAAAAUGUCACUACAUUAGAUAAAGUAACUUAAAGUUAACAAAAAAAACUUUCCUUUUGUCUAUUAUAUGGAAAAGUUGAAAGGUUAAGUCAGGGUUAUCACAUGAAAUUUUAUUUAUUUUUUAUCUGAUUAGUUGUAUUUGUCUUAGAAUUACGCUUUUUGUAUAGAAAUGAAUUAUUUUACUAUGUCCUUUAGAGUUUGCUACUAAUAAUGACAUUUUUCAUUAUCAGUUG